UACACACAUAGUCCCUUCUUCAACAGUUUCACGGAACAGUGCUUGUGAAUAGUCGUUCGGCGAGUUUCGCGUCAGUUUACUAUUAUAGUGAAUGGUGUUCCUGCGUUAGUGUACGUGAUUUGGUUGUUUAGUUUAUGUGCACUAAACUGGUGAUCUGUUUUUCUUGCCUGUGAAAAUUUCGUUGCCUGCAAAAUGCCGUAUCGUUGUUGUGUGCCGAAUUGUAGAGGAAAUUACGACGGUGGACCAAAAGUAACCGUGUUUAAAUUUCCGGAGGAUGAAGCAACGAGGAAGAAAUGGUUGUCAAGUAUUCGCAGAGAUAACUUCACUCCUUCUUCAAGUUCAAGAGUAUGUCAUGUUCACUUCCACAAGGAUGAUGUUAUUUGGGAAACACAAAUUGUGGAUCAAAGGACUGGUCAGUUAUUAAGAGCCCCCCUUCUCAAACCACGUUUGAGACCAGAUGCAGUUCCAUCACUACUCCCAAACUGUCCUUCCUACCUUUCAAAAGAAGAAAGUAGACGUGAAGGGCCAGAGGAGAAAAAACAAAGGCUUGAAAAUGAGCAGUUAGCUGCAGCGUUACAAUAUAGUUUAGCAUCACAGAAGGACUAUGAAAACAAUUUCAGCUUCAGUUCUUUAGAAGAGUUGAUGUUGCGUACGAAGGAAGUGGAUUUGCCCAACGAGUGGAGUGUGAUUGAAAAACACAGUGAUUUUGUUUGUUUUUUAAAGAUAAUAAGAAAUCCAGCACCAUUAAUCACACAUUCUGUCGUUAUAGAUAGUAAUUUAAAUGUUUCAUUGUUUAAGAAAGAUGUACAAAUUAAGACAUUAGGAAAAAGAUCUUUUCCCGUAAUUGUAACCAAUAUCCAUGAAAUUGUCAGUGUACUGCAGGAGUUUUCAGACACAGAUUGUGGGCACUCAGAAACUUCUAUAGAUAGUAUUGUAGAGAUAGUGAAAGACAGUCUAGGAGUGCUGAAAGACAGUGUACAGGAGAGUGAAAAGGAGAUGGUAGACUUUAUAUAUGAACAAGUUAGUCUCCUAAAUGUAAAGAAAUUUAAUCAUAGGUUUAGUUCUACAUUUAUGAUACUGUGUUGUUUGCUAUUUUCAAUUUCAUCUCAUGCUUACAAUUUCGUACGUAGCAGCUCAUUAAUGAAAAUGCCACAUCCAAGCACUCUGCGUAGGAUCUGCAGCAAAUUUAAUGUGAAUCCAUCUCACGAAAGGCUUGGGGGAAGUAAUUUCCUGUCCUAUGCAAGAUAGAAAUUUCAA